AGGGCACCCGCCGAGUCCCAACCGGAGAAAAACAACGCGUCGGAUAUUUUACAAAACUAAUAUUUUACACCAAACUUCGUUCCGUAGUCAACUUUUCCCGCGAGGGAAGUCGCUCCAACGCCGAACUGUGGACGUUUUUGUGGCUCUUUCCAACCGUCCCGCCGAUGUUGUUUAUGUGUAGUAAGGGGGAGCUUGAAACCGGCCUCCCUUGCCCCAUUUCCUCGGUUGUUUUCCUCCUCGCGCCUGGAUUCUCCAUGUUGUUGCUGCGAAAGUGACGACUUGGCGGCGACGGGUGAAGGGGCUGCCCGCUCUUAUCAACACCAAAUAGCUGCGGAAAAGCCAGGUGGUGGCCACCGACUGACUCCCGUAGAGCCUCUGGGAUAACCUAUCCAAGUGCCUUUCCCUCCUUCUCAGUGGGUCUGCGAGGGAAGAACAGCGAGGAAAAACGGCGGGGAAAUAAAGAAAGCCACGGCACCGUAUCGACGCCACUCUCACCGAGGCGGGUGACAGGCGUGCUGGGUGACAAAUUGGGUUGGUCCGCGAAGACAAAACCCAAUGAGGGAUGCCCAUCAGCGCCCGGGGUCAGGUUUUGAGGAUUUUGAGGGCUCUGUGAUUGUCAGAUGGAAAGUUCUGUUAUCACCCAAGUGCAGAAAGAAGACGUCCAAGUGUCACCGAAAACAGGCCAGGUGAGCCGCUCGGCCCUCAAGCAGCCUCGGAGUUGUAACAUCUUCAAAGCACUCUUCUGCUGCCUCCAAGCUCAGGAUGGCCCCAAACCACCUCCACCACUGCCACCACCUUCCCAGCAGGCCUUGCUGGAGGCACAGGAAAAUGGGGCAGUUGUCAAGUUGUGUGAACCCUGCCUCCUGCCUGAGGUGAACGCCCAGGACCAAGGGAAGAUCUGCGUGGUCAUAGACCUGGAUGAGACGCUUGUACACAGCUCUUUCAAGCCAAUUAGCAAUGCAGACUUCAUCGUGCCUGUCGAGAUAGAGGGGACCACACACCAGGUGUACGUCCUUAAGAGACCGUACGUUGACGAGUUCCUGCAGCGAAUGGGGGAGCUGUUUGAGUGUGUGCUGUUCACCGCCAGUCUGGCGAAGUACGCCGACCCAGUGACAGACCUGCUGGACCAGUGCGGUGUGUUUCGGGCUCGGCUAUUCCGGGAGUCUUGUGUCUUCCAUCAGGGCUGCUAUGUCAAAGAUCUGAGCCGCCUGGGCCGGGAUCUCCACAAAACUCUAAUCUUGGACAAUUCUCCUGCUUCCUACAUCUUUCACCCAAAUAAUGCUGUCCCUGUGUUGUCGUGGUUUGAUGACGUGGAUGAUGCUGAACUCCUCAAUCUUCUGCCCGUGUUUGAAGAACUUAGCCAAGCGGAUAACGUUUACACCCAGUUGGACCAGCUUCGCGGACAUUAAGCUGCUCAAUGAGCAGCCUUUGUAGAGCUCCUCUCCAGCUGCAGGGCAACUGCAUAUCACACUUUGUAACCUGAGCUGUUGGGAUGCUGUUUAUUCCCACCUCCGCACAAAAUCCUCUGUUUAGACAAUGACAUUAGCACAGGCUUUAGGAAAUUCCAAGCCUAUAAAGCACAAAGUGUGUGCCUCAAUUUAAAGAGUGCAUUCAAAUGCCUUUCGUAUGCUUACGAUAGUGCCAACCACUAUUUGAAAUCACCACCAAACAGAGAGGGCAAACAGCAACCAAAGCGCCACCACUCACGUUAGUGUCAAUAGUGAAAUGGUUCUUUUGCCAAAGCAGAAGCCUGCAUGCUCUUACUUGACCUUUGAACAUCAUGUUAUUGAGUGUGCCUUUAAAGAAUGACAUAAAAACCUUUUUUUCCUACAUUUUCACCAGAUUUUAUACAUAUUUUUUUUGAUAGGAAAAUCUAUUUUUUCUAUGCAAGUCAGUUCUGUCAAUAAUUCCAUUCCAGUACUUUGUCAGCCUUAUCUAAAGAUGAAACUCAAAACAAAGGAGAGUUCUAUUUGUGCUGUUCUGGAUUCAUGUUUUCUACAUGACAUUCUUUGAUUGGGUUUCAUACAUAUGUUUGUUUUCAGGUUGAAAAAACAGGGCAAAAAUCUCCUUGACAAGACACACAUCAGACACACUGGAAAAUGCUGGCACAUAGGAUGACCAUCAACACCAGUUUCAAUCAAACUUGAUAACUGUCUUUUUCUGAUCAUGACAUGACAAGCAACUUUUUACAAACAGUGCUCAGAUCAGAACUGUGCCUUUUUAAAAUUGAGACCAAUAAAGGUAAUCUGCCUGAAAGAGAUUUGAUGGCCUCAAUACUUUGAUGCGUCAUGCUGGGCAUGAGGAAACACUGUCGAGAGCAAGUGUGAAGCCACGAGGCUGUACUUGCAUUGUAACACUUGAAAAUAUCCAUUUUUUUAUGUGUGAGUGUUUUUUCUAUAUUUAUUGGCCAAAACCUGUUUCCAGUAAUUACUCAACAUUUUGUAGCAUAUUCCUUUUGCUAACUUUAAAGGCUGGCCUUGUGUUUUCAGGUUAUAUCUGUGCCUAAAGCUCAAUAGGAAGUCCAACAUUCAUCAGCAGUUCGAUAUGUAGAAGUCAUACAAAAUUUGUUUGCAUUUUAGAUACUUUAGUUUUAUUUGGGUAUGUCUCAUGGGGUUUUCUGUGAUGUGUAAUGCCUAAUGCAAUUAUUGUUUGCAUGUUAACUACUUUAAAAAAAAAUAAUUGAAAUGUACCAGUUGUGAUGACCCAAAGUAUUUGUCACAAAUUGUCUGUUUUAAAUAAGUCAUUGUCUACCAUAUUUGACCAAAACUAUAAAACACAAGGUGCUACCAAUUUUAAUGGCAAUAAAAAUUGGUUCUAUUUUCUUGUA